GGCCAAUGCCCAGAUCCUGGUGCAUUCUCUUUCUCUCGUCAUGGUGGAUGCAUCACUAGGAACGAUACAGUGCUUAGAAGAAAUAAUCUCAGCGUUUGUGCAGAAAGACGAAAUAAAGCCUGCUGUGAUCCAGCUGCUUUGGGAGCGAUUCACGGAAAAAUCUUCAUGCUCAGCACUAGAACGACGUGCUGCUGUGGUGCUGCUAGGGAUGAUGGCACGAGGGAAGCCAGAGAUCAUAGGCAGCAACCUGGACAUCUUGGUGACAGUAGGGCUGUCUGAGAAGGCCUGUGAAGACUAUCAGCUGGCUCAGGAAGUGUGCAAUGUUAUCUCCAAACUUUCCAGUAACCCUAAGCCAGCACUGCAGGAGAACAGUGCACCUUUUCGACUGCCGCAGAACCACAUGCUCUUUAGUUGCCUGAGCGAGACCGUGAGUAAAGGCUUUGCCCAGCCAAGUAGUCACUGGAUCCCCUUCAUGGAGGCAGCAGUAAUGCUCAUCUACCAGCUAGCAGAAGGGGCAGAGGAGAUAUGUGCUCACAUUCUGCAUGUGUGCAGUCAGCAAGCUCUGGAGAAGCUGCAGGAGGCUGAUGGGCAGGAAGCUGAUCGAGGGGAUUCUCCCAGCAGAGUCUCUGAUGGUGCUGGCAGUCUCCCUGCAUUUCUGCUGAUGCACCUGGUGUCCCUUGUGGGACAGGUGGCACUGCAGCAGGUGGCGUAUUUGGAAGUGUCAGUGAGUACAGAGCUACGCAGACGCCGAAGACUCAGAGAGGAGAAGACUCAGAGGCGUUCUGAGAGCAGGACAAAGAAGCAGAGAACCCAGUCUUCUGCGCAAAACACAGAAAAUGAGAGCACUAUGGAGGAGGAGCUGGGCCUCGUGGGAGUCACAGCUGAUGACACUGAGGCUGAGCUCAUCCGAAGCAUUUGUGAGACAGAACUCCUAGAUGGGAAGCACCUGUUCUCUGCCUUUGUUCCACUGCUGCUCAAGAUCUGCAACAACCCUGGACUCUACAGUGAUUCGGCACUGUCAGCUGCUGCAGCCCUAACUCUUGGCAAAGUCUGCAUGAUCAGCUCUGAGUUCUGUGAUGCCCACUUGCGUCUGCUGUUCACUAUGAUGGAGAAGUCCCCUCUGCCUGGUGUAAGAUCCAACCUCAUUAUUGCAGCAGGAGAUCUGGCCACCCGCUUCCCCAACCUGGUAGAGCCUUGGACAUUACAUCUCUAUGCCAGGUUGCGGGACCCCUGCCCAAGUGUGAGGCAGACAGCUGGACUGGUGAUGACCCACCUCAUCCUCAAAGACAUGGUAAAGGUGAAGGGCCAAGUGAGUGAAAUGGCAACUCUGCUCACAGACCCGGAGGAGGCGAUUGUGGGAGUGGCUCAGAACUUCUUUGAUGGACUCUCCAGCAAGGGCAAUGCCAUCUAUAACCUGCUUCCAGACAUCAUCAGUCAUCUCUCGGAUCCUAACUGCAACGUAGAGGAGGAAUCCUUCCACACUAUUAUGAGACAUCUCUUCUCAUAUAUUACAAAAGACAAACAGACAGAGAGCUUGGUGGAGAAACUUUGUCAGCGAUUUCGGACUGCCAGAACUGAAUGUCAGUAUCGGAAUCUGUCCCACUGCCUUACUCUGCUUCCAGUCUCAGAACGGGGCCUUCACAAGCUGCAGGACAACUUUGACUGCUUUGCAGACAAGCUCCAAUACCCAGCUGUCUACAGCUCUUUCCAAACUGUGCUGGCUCGAUUCUGCAGAGCAGGCAGCAAACCUGAGACUAAAGCUCUGGCUGAGGAGCUGGCACAGAAGCUGUCUGCCUCCCAUAACCGAGGGCUGGAUGCAACAGAGACAUGCCCGGAAGGUAGUCAAACUCCAAUGCCAGAGCCAGCCAAGCGGAAACCUUCCUUGACAGGUUCGCACCACCAACCCCUGAGCCCAGCCAACAGGGAUGAAGAUUUUGUCACGCCCCGGCCGCGUGGCCUCCGCAGCCAGAAGCGCGGCCGGAAGCGCCUUCCACGCAAAAAACCCACCAUACCUUCUCCAGUGACGAGGAGAACAGCUCUGGGGAUG